AUGUCCAACAUGUCCAACGACGAACCGCAAGACCACGACAUGCUCGACAACGACGUCGAAAGCCCCAUAGUGGACUCUGAUCAUGUCAUUGAACUACUCAACCAUGUCGACCCAAACGCCGAGGUUAUGAUGGAAGAUGCCGAAAUGGGCGCAAUACCACAGGGUGCAUGGAACAAUCAUUUCGCGCCGAACAUGACUGCAUGGCAGGCCACAGUAGACGAUGCCGAUGAUGAGGGUUCAGAAACCUCGCGACCAAAAAGAGAUAUUGGGAUCGUGUGGGACUACGAAGUCGAGUACAGCUUUUUCUAA